AUGCCGGUGAAAUGGGACGAUGAAACGGAAAAGAAACUCCUGAUGGCCAUCAUCCACGUCAUGGGCGCCUCAACCCCAAGCAUCAACUGGAACACCGUCGCGUCCCUGAUGGGAGAUGAGUACACCGCUGAGGGCAUUCGUCAGAAGUUCACGAAGGGACUGAAGAAGCAGGCGGCGAAUCAGUUUGGGGAUGUCCCAGGGGAUGGCCGCAGCAAGACGCCGGUGAAGAGGAGUGGUGGUGGGAAGAAGGCUGCUGGGGAGAAGGCUGCUGCGGCUUCGGGCAGUAAGCGGAAGGCGAAGAAGGCUGCGGCGGAUUGGGAGGAGGGUGGCAAUGAGGACGAUGUGGAGGAGACGCCGAGCAAGAAGGCGAAGAUUGAGGAGGAGAAGAGCGAUAGCGAGGGUGAUCUGGUUUAG